AUGGGUGUUACUCGUCUUAGCCUUAAACUUCAUGAAUCCUCUGCAUAUUACUGCUCUGUUGUGCCGACUAAGGUGUAUCGAAGCAAAAACCUUGUGGAACUAUAUCUGAGAGGGGGCAAAAUCACCCUUGCUCCCAAGCAUAAGGUACAAUUUCCGCGGCUCAAAUCCCUUAGUUUAACCUACGUCAAGCUACAAAGUGAUGAAGUGAUUUCUCGCUUACUUUCGGGCUGUCCCUUGCUCGAAAAACUGUCAGUCGCAGUAUAUGUUACCAUAAGUCUUCCUAACUUGCCAAAACUAAGGCAUCUGGAGCUGAGGCAUCUGACAAUUAAUACCUCGUUUUUGGGUGACGUAUCUUGUAAAUUCCCUUUGUUGAGAGAUUUAUCCAUGCUUCACUGCUCUUUCCAAGGGGAUUUACUCAUAUGUAGCCCAACAAUCGAGUAUCUUAACAUCAAAACGGAUAGGAUCGCAAAGACAACAAGUGUCGAGUUUGAUGUUCCAAGUAUUCGCAAGUUUAAGUUUAAUAUCUCGAAGAAUCUGCCAUCUUCUCUGUCUUUUAAAUCAACAAGUUUAAAGGAAUGGGAGUCUCAUUUAUCCAUGUCGUCGGAUUGUUGUCUUGGUACUCUGGGCGUCAUUGGGUUGAACAAAUUAUUAACCGGUUUGAGACACUCCAAAAUUCAUCUCUUGAUACAAGUAGAGAGCAUAGAUAGCUUCAAUUAUGACGUGUGGGAGUUCAAUAGCUUGACAAUGCACCAAGUCGAGGAGUUGACGAUGGAUCGCAUGCACUGCGGCACUCCGUCUUUGACUAGUUUUGCUCUUUUUGAUGGUUUGUUUCGGUUGUGCCGCCCAAAGUUGAUCACUCAGCAGAAUCAGACUCCUUACCCUUGCGAUUUCAUUUUUAAGAUGUUUCUCAGGCACGGAAUAAAUCACGAAUGCUCGGAUAGGAGCCUUUGUAUGUAUGGUUUGCGACAUCUUGAGGAAGUAAGAGGUCAGAUUAUUGAUGAAGAUGUUGACACUUGGCGGCUUAUUACGUUGGAUACUUGGGAUGCUUUAAAGGACCAAAACAAAAUCCGCUUCCAGUUGAUGUGGAGAGAUGAUGGUUCGCUUCCUCAUCACACAUGGUUCAAAAAGUUUGGAAAUUUUCUAAAGGAGUUGUGGCGGAAGUUCGUCUCUGUCUCCAUCUUUCCUCACAAACUAUUUUUCAUUAUGAGCCGAGCGACUUUGAAGGUGUGCGGACACAUGAGGUGGCUAAUUUCACGAUAG